GGACUGUUGGCCUUGGAAGAACUUGAGCUGCAGAAAAAUGCCGUACAGUUACAGAAUGACGAGAAAAUUCAGGAACUGCAUCAAGAAGUGGAAUCACAAAGAACUAAAAUUCUUGAAUUGGAGAGUGAACUACAGAAUAGCUCUCAGAGUGAAAGGAAUGUUAUGGAAGAACUGUUAAAACAGAUUGAAGCGGAAAAAAACAACUUUGGAAUGGAAAUUACAGCCAUGGCUGAAAGUCACAAGGAAGACCUAGAGAAGAUCUGUUCUGAACAGAAAAAUAUGUGGUCUGAGAAACUGCAGUUACUGAAAGAGCAACACCAGUAUGAGAUAGAGCAGCUAACUGAGAAACAUCAGCUGGAGCAAGAGGCCCUUCUCAAUGAAAAAGAAACUAAUUUCCGUGCUCAUAUUGAGGAUAUGAACCAGAAGACUUUAGAAAAGCUAGAUGUGAAACAGAGUGAACUGGAAGCCCUUGCAGCUGAGCUUUGUGAAGCCCUUAAGUUGCAAUCAGAUCUUGAAUUUCAGUUAGCCAAGGUGAGGGACGAAGCAGACGUUAAGGAGAAGGAGUAUGAGGAAAAGGUUGAGCAGCAAAAACGUCAGAACACAGAAGAGAUGAUAGCUAUCAGAAAAGAAAUAGAGCAGUCAGUCAAAGUUGUUGAGAAGGAGUUUAAAAAUGAGUUGGAUAAAAUCAAACUACUUCUGGAUGAAAAGGAUACUCUUUUGGAUGAGUUAAGAACACAAGAACAGUUUUUGAGGGAAGCACUUAUUAAAGCUCAAAAUGAGUGCAAAGAAAGUUCAGCUACAGUGAAAUGUGUAUGUCAUUCCCAUCAAAAGGAUGGUGAAGAGAUUCAAGAACCGAAUAACACCAGAGUUGAGGAUCAGCUAAAGCAGCUUGAAAAGCAGUUAGCUGAAGUAUGUCAUAAGCUGUCUAAUGCAGAGUCCGAAAAAGAGCAGCAGGUAGAAAAAGUGGCUUUAGCAAGUAUGCAAGUGAAAGAUUUAACUGCAGAAGUGAAAUUGCAUAAAUCUGAGCUGCAGACAUUAAGACAAGAGUUAGAAGAACAGAGGCAGAAAGAAGUCUCAUUAACAGAGUGUUAUGAAUCUCAGCUUAAAAAUUGUGAUACUGAAAUUAGCCACCUAAAGGUGAAUGCAACUGAAAAAGAAAAUAUAGUUGCCAAAUUGACAGAGAUGCAAAUCCUACAAAAGGAAGAGUAUAUGCACAAACAUUCUGCUGUUGAACAGAGACUUAAAACUUUGCAGACAGACUAUGAUGAGAAAAUUAAAGCACAAGAAGGGAAAGUGGAACAUAUUAGACAAAAAACCAAAGAAAUGCAAGAUAGGUAUAAAAAGAAGCUUAAUGAAAAAGAGGCUAAACACAAAGAAGAACUUAACCAGAUGCAGAUAGAAUUUACUCAAAAAGAAACAGAGUUUAUGACUAAAAUGUUGCAGAUGUCCGGUGUAACAUCUGCUGAGGAUAGUGAUGCUUUAUCCAGUGUGGAGCUGACUCUUAAACAAGAGAUUGAAAGUCUUACAGUUGCUCACAGACAGGAAGUGGAUCAGCUUAAUAGCAUCUCUGAACAACUACAAGAAAAACAUAAAAGUGAACUGAAUAUGAAAGUAUUGGAAGUGUCAGAUGUGAAACAGCAACUAGUCAGCUGUAAUGUUGAAAAAGAGUAUGCAUAUAAUAUAAUUAAUGACCUCCGAGGGGAAUAUGUUAAAAAAGAAGUAGCUUUACAGAAAUUACAAGCAGAAGCCAGUCAAUCUUCAGCAGAAGUUAAAACUCUUCUGCAGCGAGAAACAUGUCUCAAUGCAGAAACAGAAUUAUUAGAAAGGAAACUGAGCAUGUUGGAGAAAGAGAAGACCUCUUAUCAGGAUCAGCUCAGUGAACUGAGAACAGCUAAGGAGCAGUACCAAAACAGGGCUGAAGAACUUUCCAGAAUGUUAACAGCUGUUGAGGAGAGACUUAAAACUUCAGAAUUUUUACGUAAUGAAGAAAAAGAUUUUUAUAAUAAAACUUUGCAUGAGAAAAAUUUAGAAGCUGAACAGAAGGAAAUAUCAUUUAAAAAUCAGUUAAAUAAAUGCUCACAACAGUUAACACUGUCUUGUAAGGAAACUGAAUCUUUAUUGUACCAAAAAACUACUGACCUAUAUGAGGAAUUCUGUGAAAAGCUUAUUAGACUUUGUGAUAGAAUUGCACAGUGCCAGAAUCACAUCGUGAAAAUUAAAGAUGUAAUGCUGUUGAAAAUAACUGAAACUUCUGAGCAGGAGGAACAUAUUAAACGUCUAACGAAAGAGUAUAUUAAUCAGGUAACAGAGGACUGUAAUUAUUUAAAUAUAUGUGUGGAUCAUUUGACACAAAAAGUGCAAGAUAAAGAAAAAUGUAUAGCAGAUGCACAAUAUAAACUAUAUGCCUUUGAAACGGAGAAAGAAUCAUUACAUUUAGAACAAAGUAAUCAUCAGCAAACUGCAGCUGAUAAUGAAACAUGUUUCAGGCAUUUAGGGAAUGACCUUGCAGAAAAUAGAACUGCUAAUACCACAACCAAAGCGAAAGUUCUUGAGAGACAGUCUGAGAUUGUUUGUCUAAAUGAGCAGGUGAAAGAGCUGUGUGCCCAGCUUUCAAAUAAUUUAAGCCUAGAUGCAAAACAGAGUGGCAUUUCUCAGUUACAGCAUCUGCAAGAGAAAGAAAAGCAAAUCCUUUUAGACCAGAUCCAACAGUUUAUUUCCAACCUAACGGUUCUUUCGCAGGAGAAGAGACUUGCUGUUGAACAGGUGGAACAUGAGAAAAGUAAGCUUUUGGACUUGAAAAAUAAAAUGGAUGCAGAAUUCUUAAGUAAUAACAGCACUGUCGAAGUAUUACAGUCUAAAUUUAAUUCAGUGCUCUUGGAAAAGGAUAGCCAUUUAGCAAAAAUGAAAGAGGAACUUAUGAAGCAAAACAGUGUUUUGGAACAUCUGAAAGUAGAACUAGAGCAGGAGCGGAUGCAAAAAGCUAAAUUGGUUUGUGAUUUAGCUGCUGAUUUAGAACUAAGUCAGGAAAGAGUCAGUGACUUGGAAAAACAACUUGUUGAAAAAUCGAAGGACAUUGUACAGCUAACAAAGGAACUAGAGCAGCAAAUUCAACAGAAAAAUACUGAGUGCCAAGAAUUUGUUUUUCAACUUCAACAGGCUCAGUUUGACAUUUCUGAAAAUGGCAACAGACUUCAGGGUGCUAGAGAGGAAACAGAGCUGCUUCAUAAGAAAGUAGAAGAUUUGAAGGUGGCACUAAAGGCAAAGCAAGAUGAAUUUGAGGAGCUAAGACGUGAUCUUAUUAGAGACCAGAAGGAUGCACUGAAAGCAGCUGAGGAAAAAAUUAUGACAGAGAGCACAGGUAAAAUUUCAGAGUUAAAGAAGAAAGCAGAGCAUAGGAUUAUUGUCAUUAAGAAGCAGUUUACGUCUCAGUUAGAUGAUAAGGAAAAUCUUAAUAAAAACUUGAUGAACCAGGUAGAGGAAUUAAGACGGGCACUUCAUGAAAAAGAAAUGAUGAUUAAUUCCUUGACAGAAAAGAUAAAAUCAAUUGAAAUGUCACUGUUAAACACUAAACAGAUGGACAGACUUGUGGAAGAAAAGCUUGUUAAAAGCAGAGAGAAAGACCUUUCUUUACUUGAUAUACAAAAUUAUACUGAGCAGGUAAAUGCACUACAGAAUAACAUUUCUGUAGAAGAAACUUUGUCUCAGAGCGACAAGGAUGCUCAUUUAGAGACAAAAGUUCCUGCAGCAGAAUUGGAAAAGAGUAACAGAGAACUUGUGAUAAAUGUGCAGCAAGCAGAGCAGGAAAAGGAACAUUUACAAGGAGAAGAUGAUAGGGUCUUUGAGCAGAAUAAGGGCAAUUCCACAUUGAUGGAACAACACAAGGACAAGGAUGGACGUUUAACUUCUUUGCACGAAGAAAUAAAUGAAAAACAUCAAAAGAUAUUUGACUUGGAGAAUGUGGUUUUAGGCUUACAAGCAAAGCUGGCAGAGCAGCAGUCUGAAAAACAUUGUUUAGAAUGUAAAUUAAAGGAAGCUGAGGAUAGUUUUGCAAGGGAAAUGAGUGAACUGAAGGACAAUUUUGAUAACCUAUCUAAGCACUAUGAGGAAAGAUUGAAAGAGCUUCUAAAUAAUUUGGAAGAAAAAAGUGCUGUUGCAAAUAAGUUUGAAAAGGGUUUGAAUGAAGACAUGAAUUCUGACACAGAACUCAAGGGUUUAAUAUGUAAAAUGCAAGUAGAGCAGAAGGAAUUGCAUGCUCAAGCAGAAAGAGCAGAAUGUGACAAGCAGAAACUUCAACAGGAUGUGAAUAGGCUACAGAAAGAGAUACAUGCUUUACGAAAGGAGCAUCUAGAAGAACUAGAAACAGUAAAGAAAGAAGUAACAGAAGAACAGGAAAACAGAUUAAAAUUUGAACAAGAAGAUAUAGAGAUGAAACACAAUUCUAUCCUGAAACAAUUAAUGAGGGAGUUUAAUACACAGAUGUCUCAAAAGGAACAUGAGCUGGAAACCAGUAUAAGAGAGACUAUAAACAAGGCACAGGAGGUGGAGGCAGAGUUACUUGAAUCCCAUCAGGAAGAGAGGACUCAGCUUCUCAAGAAAAUUGCACAGAAAGAAGAUGACCUUAAUAGAACUGUUAAAAGAUAUGAAGAUAUUUUACAGACUCGUGAGGAUGAAAUGACAGCUAAAGUUACAGAAUUACAGGCACAACUUGAACAACUGCAGGGGGAGCUUGAACAUACACUGACAGAUGACAAAAAUCUGAAUAACCAGGCACUGCUUGCAGAGAAAACAUCUCUAUUAAAUGAAGCCAAACUGAAGGAGCAGGAAUUUAGAGAACAGAUUCACAUGCUUGAAGACCAGUUAAAAGAUUUUCAAAGGAACUACUGUGUUGCACCAUUGGGAGCACAUCGUCAUGAUGAAAAAGUUCAUACUGACUCUACUGUCAUGAAAGUGUCCACUGAAUUUGAGUAUUUAAGGAAUGUAAUGUUUGAAUACAUGAUGGGACGAGAGAUGAAGACUAUGGCAAAAGUCAUAACUACAGUACUAAAGUUUCCAGAAGACCAGACACAGAAGAUUUUAGAGCGAGAAGAAUCCCGUCAUUUAUCCUGGCUGUGAUCUGCAGUGAUGUCUUGAAAUAACUAUGCUGCUAGUGCUCGUGGUCCUACCGCUUGAAGAAAAGAAUACAGAAAAUAAGUUAACUGUCUGAGAUCCUGACAUGCAAUAACACAGACAAUGAAUACAGUAAAGUCUUACUUAAAGAACACAAAUUAGUAAGAUUUAUAAUGUCAUUAAAGCUCAAGCAUUCAUUGUUUUUAACUUUUUUAAGUAAAUCAUUUUACUGGUAUUUUACACAGUUUAUUUUGUACUUUAGACCUGUAAUUUAAUGGUUAAUUUCUUCCAGCUUAAUUAAUUUUAUGAUAAAACUAUUGUUACUUGAAUUGUGCACUAUGUAUGAGUUUGAUUAUUUUCUCAGCUAAUUUUUUUUUUAUCAUCCUGUACAGCUUUUUGAGUUUGCAUGUUUUUUCUUUCCCUUUUUGAUCUUUUUUUCUUGGCAUUCACUUCUUUGCAGUUAUGUUGCUGGAGAUGCUCAGACCUCAUUUUGAGUACUGUACUAUGACCUUUAUAAGUAGGUACCAGGGGUUGUAAAGUACACUACUGUAAAUUGUAAAUAUUAAUAUCUGUAUCAUAUCAGAAGUAUGUUUCUUUAAACAUUAAUUAUGGAAAAGGAAGAGUUCAAUAAAAAUCUAUUUACUGUA